AUGGCUGACCAGCACCGAGGGCACUCGGCAAACCAGAUUAUUAACUUGAACGUGACCUAUCCAGAGCAACAGUUUAUCAGCAACGUAGACCAAUGCUACCACUUCCGAUUUCUGAUACCGAAAAGCAUAAGCGGCCCUGUAUCGAACAAAUUCGGCCAGGAUAUCCCCUCAUCGCUCAAUGUCAAUUUCUCGCCAGCUAGUCAUCGGACUACGAUCUCGGGUUCCAAGGGUACCUGCAGUAUUGACUACCGAAUACGCGCCCAACUCCUAGCUGAAGGGCACUGUGUGGUGGACACGACUCGGCCAUUUACACUGUGGGCUUCUCACAGACGGCAACCACCUGUCUGUAUCGAAGACUUCCCUGGAGAAUACAAACUUUCUACCUUGAAGACUCUUCGCAACCCGUUCUUUCGACCGACUGGGAGACUUCACGUCUAUAGCCAUGAGCCAGCACCUCUUGAGUUUUCGCCGGAGAAGGAGGGCGCCGCCACAUCAGUACGCUUGCGGCUUCGAUAUGAAUCGUUAAAGAAGGGCGACGCCAUGCGGAUACCGCCGCGGCAGCUCCAUGGGAUAGUUCGCUCGAAUCUGAAGGCUAGCACAUUUGUCUCUAUUGAACCCCAACGAAGAUCACCGGCAACAUGUGAUGCUUCCACCUUUCCGUUCACCUUCGAAACGCGCAAGUCCUAUUCGAGUCAGCUAAGGAAGCUUUGCUUUUCCCGUUGGACAUCAUUAGAAAUGGGCACUGAAACCACCUGGGAAUCCGAGGCAGAAUUGAUAUUCAAGUGCCGCAGUCCCACAUACCUUACACCUUCAUUUUCUUCCAUGCUUGUUUCCAGAAGAUACAGCCUGAAACUAUAUAUGGUUAUUUCUGGGCACGGCCAUGCCGCGUUGAAGCUGGAGCUACCCAUCCAGGUAGGCUACACAGGCAGGAGGUUCCUACCGUCGGAAGAUAUUAUGUAUACGAGUGGCCUUACGGAGGAUAUGCCGCCAGCAUAUAGUCCAUAG